UUUGACGUUUGUGAAAACUGAACAAAAAAAGAAAACACUGUACUCUCUCUCUCUGUUUUUGGUUUUUAGCUUUCUCAGUAUUCUACUUUGGGGGGCUACAUUUCGUCCAAAAAGAAAAGAAAAAACUUGAUUUCGGAUUCGCAUUUUCGUUUUUGCGCAAAGAGGCUUUUGGGUCUGUUUUCGUUUGGGUUUUGAGGUAUUUGGUGAAAUGUUUUUGGGUUUGAUGAUGCUGUUUUUGUAGUUGGAAAGUGGCAAAUUUUUGGAGUUGUUUCUGGGUUUUGCUUGUUAGUUUAGGGUUUGGAUCAAAGGGGAUUUGUCUGAUGCUAGCCAUUUUUUGGGAGUUUGAAUAAAGAAAUUCUCAGUCUGCUAUCAUGAUGUGCUUAAGUUGCCAGCCCUAGGAAUGUUUAGAUCCAUUUCAAAGUUCACUUGGGUUUGUGGCUCACUUCAAUAAGGGGUUUUCAGAUGGAUUCUGAAUGACUGGGGGUGGAAACCUGAGGAUUUGAAGGUGAUGGUAGACUGAAUGUGCAGCAAUGUCGAGGGUUGCAAAGUGGAAGCUUGAAAAGACAAAAGUAAAAGUGGUCUUUCGGCUGCAGUUUCAUGCUACACAUGUUCCACAAGCUGGGUGGGAUAAGCUAUUUAUAUCUUUUGUUCCUGCCGAUUCUGGAAAGGCAACAGCAAAGACAACCAAAGCUAAUGUGAGAAAUGGGGCAUGCAAAUGGGGAGAUCCUAUUUAUGAAACUACUAGACUUCUUCAGGACUCCAAAAGCAAACAGUGUGAUGAAAAGCUAUACAAAUUUGUCGUGGCCAUGGGUUCUUCUAGGUCUAGUAUCCUUGGUGAAGCUAGCAUCAAUCUUGCUGAUUAUGCUGAUGCACUGAAGCCUUCUAUCAUUGAUCUGCCUCUUCAUGGAUGUAAUUGUGGAACUAUUUUACAUGUCACAGUCCAGCUGCUAACUUCUAAAACUGGAUUCAGAGAAUUCGAGCAGCAGAGAGAGAAGGGGCUGCAGACAGGCACCGAGCUAAAUAGGCAUGAUGGAUCUGGUACCAGAAAAGUAUCGUCUUCAGGAGAGAUUUCUAAUGAUCAGAUUGAUAAGGUCAAUGCAAGAGUUAGAUUCAAACCAGAAUCUAAAGAGCUUCCAUCACUUGAAGAAGAGGCGGGGUUAAGUGAAGAAAACACAGACUCAGCUGUGGGAUUUGAUGGGUCAUCCAAUACUUCAGAAAGUUUAUAUGCUGAAAAGCAUGAUACCUCUAGCACACAUGAGAUUGAUAGCCUGAAAAGUACAGUGUCUGGUGAUCUAAAUGGACUUUCCCAAAGCCCUCGCGAAGAGAAAGGGGAUACAUCUGAUCAUCGAAUUUUGCAUCAGGGAAGCAGUGAUUGGGUUCAUGGCUGGAGUUCAGACUAUUCCAUGGAUAAUGACUUGGCAAUUGUUUAUGAGGAGAAUGGUAGGCUUAGGGGUAGUUUGGAAGUGGCUGAGUCUUCUGUUCAUGAGCUUAAGCUGGAGGUAAGCUCUUUACAAAGCCAUGCAGAUGAAAUAGGCAUUGAAACACAAAAGUUUUCUCAGCAACUUGCUGCUGAGAUUUCUGCAGGAGAAGAACUGGCAAAAGAGAUUUCUGUCAUGCAGUCAGAGUGUUUAAAGUUAAAAGGUGAUCUUGAACAGCUUAAAAGUCUGAAAUUAAGUCCUCAAUAUGCAAGCAGGGAAACCAGUAACAACAGCAACCAGGAGCAUUUAUUUCAAGGUAAUCAGUUUAGUUGGCUAAAGGGGCUUUUGGUCAUGGAGGAUAAGAUAAGAGACCUUCAAAACAAGGUAUACCUCAGCUUCAAUGAUAGAGACUUGAGGUUCCUUCACUCAGACCUGGGGGAAUUGCUUAUUUUUCUUCAUGAACUCAAACUUGAAACUGGGGAAGCAAUUCCUCCGCUAGAUUUACCAUCAAAAAUCACAAAUGUAAAGGAGAUCAGAAAAAUGAGUUCACAUGAAAAUGAACAAUUUGCAUUGGGAAAUGGUUUAGAUGUGGACUUGUAUCAGCCAUCAGAUAUGCUGAAUUGCUUAAGCAUCCCCAGCAUUGUGUCUCAAGAAGCUGAUUCUAUAGGUGCUACCAAAGCAAUAGAAGACAAAAUCUUUGAACUUCUAAGGGAGUUGGAUGAAGCCAAAGCUGAACGAGAAAGCUUUGCAAGAAAAAUGGACCAGAUGGAGUGCUACUAUGAGGCUCUUGUUCAGGAGCUUGAGGAAAAUCAUAAGCAAAUGCUAGGAGAGUUGCAGAAUCUCCGGAAUGAGCACUCUACUUGCCUUUACACUAUUGCUACCACAAGUGCUGAGAUGGAAUCAUUGCGCCAAGAUAUGAAUGAGCAGAUCUUAAGAUUUACUCAAGAGAGACGUGACUUGGAUUCCAUUAACAAGGAUCUUGAAAAGAGGGCUACUACUUCGGAAGCAGCUCUGAGGAGGGCUCGCAUGAAUUACUCAAUUGCAGUAGAUCACUUACAAAAGGACCUUGACUUGCUUUCUUUCCAAGUUGUAUCUAUGUUUGAGACUAAUGAGAACCUUAUCAAACAAACUUUUUCAGAAACUUCACAACUGUGCUUCGAAGGGCAGCCAGAGGCAGUGCGGAGUGUAGAAGAAUUUCAUGCCACUAAACUUUUGCAGUACCAGAAUCAAAAUGCAGGGGUAAACAAAUCUCUCCUCUUGGGUGGAGAUAUUCUUUUGGAGGACAUGAAAAAAUCUCUCCUCUUGCAGGAAGGGCUUUACCAGAAGGUUGAAGAAGAACUCUCAGAAAUGCAUGUGGUAAACGUGCACUUGGAUGUUUUCUCAAAGAUUCUACAAGAAACUUUGCUUGAAGCAAGUGCUGGCGUUAUACUUAUGAAAAAGAAAAUUGAUGAAUUUGCACAGCAGUUGGACCUUUCAACCGAAUCCAAGAAGUUGUUAACACUACAGCUGCAAACUGCUAUGCAUGAGGUACAGACCCUGAAUGAAUACAAAGCUAGUUGCAUCGCCAAGUGCCAUGAUAUGGAUCUGCAGAAUCAAAUUUUAGAAGCGAAGUUAGAAAGACUUUCCAAUGAAAAUUGUCUCUUUACUCAAAAGAUUACAGAAUUGGAAGCGUUGGUGAGGGAAUGCAGAGGUUAUGAAAGCAAAUAUGAGGCUUGCUUUACUGAGAAAAAAGAUCUGGCAAAUUUGUUAAAGCAGGAAACCCUAGACAAGGGGAACCUUCAAAAUGAGAUGACCUCUUUGAAAGAAGAGUUGGAAACUGUCAAAGCUGAAUGCAGCGGUUAUGAAAGCAAAUAUGAUACUUGCUUUACGGAGACAACAGAGCUGGCAACUUUGUUAAAGCAGGAAACUCUAGACAAGGGGAGCCUUCAAAAUGAGAUAACCUGUUUGAAAGAAGAGUUGGAAACUGUCAAAGCUGAAUGCAGCGGUUAUGAAAGCAAAUAUGAGGCUUGCUCUACUGAGAAAACAGAUCUGGCAAAUUUGUUAAAGCAGGAAACUCUGAACAGGGUAAACCUUCAAAAUGAGAUUUCCUCUUUGAAAGAAGAGUUGAAAACUGUCAAAACUGAAUGCAGAGGUUAUGAAAGCAGAUAUGAGGCUUGCUUUGCUGAGAAAACAGAGCUGGCAACUUUGUUAACGCAGGAAACUCUGGACAAGGGGAACCUUCAAAAUGAGAUAUCCUUUUUGAAAGAAGAGUUGGGAAGUGUCAAAGCUGAAUGCAGCGGUUAUGGAAGCAAAUAUGAGGCUUGCUCUACUGAGAAAACAGAUCUGGAAAAUUUGUUAAAGCAGGAAACUCUGAACAAGGAAUACCUUGAAAAUGAGAUAUCCUCUUUGAAAGAAGAGUUAAAAACUGUCAUAGCUGAACACAGUGAGUUGUCUUAUUCUAAGGAAUAUCUGCAGAAAAUUGUCUACUUUCUGGAAGACAAAUUGGGGUGUGUGCUGGCAUCUUACAACAAGCAAUUCAACGGAUUGUUUCCCACAACAAAUUCUGUGUGUCAGAACUUGGGGCCGAUGGAUUUUGAGGUUGUCAUCUCGCAAUUGGAAGAGAUCCAACAUAGUGCAUGUGAAAGGAUUCUUCAACUUUUGGAAGAGAAGAAAAACCUAGAGGGUGAAAGAGACCUUGCUCAAGUGUCCUCGAGCACUGCCAGCACAGAAAUGCUGGUCACUAAGCAGAAGUUCGGGCAUGACAUACAGAAUAUGGGUACUAAACUAGAAGCAUCCAAUGCCCUUGUGGAGAAACUUCAGUUGGAGCUUGAGACUCUAGCUAAUAAACUCCAUGUUAGCUCUGAAGCUGAAGAAAACUAUGCACACCGGAGCAAAGAGCUUUUGGAUGAUCUAGCACUUUUGGAAGUUGAGCUGCAACAACUUACUUCUAAGAAUAUGGACCUUGCUAAAGAGAUUUUGGGCUUGGACACUGUAACUGAGGAACUUGAGAGAAGUAAGUUGACCAUUGCUGAGUUAACACAGGAAAGACAAGAUCUGAUGAUGUCUUUACAGGGUAAAACUGAGGAAUCUGUCAAGCUGGCAUCAGAGCUUGACAGUUUGAAAGAAAAUUUGAGAUCUCUGCAUGAUGAGUUUCAUCUUGAGAGAAGCAUCAGAGAUAACCUAGAGGAUACUAUUAAAGAUCUAACUUCCCAAUUGAACGAGAAACAUGACCACUUGCUUCGAUUCUCCCAGCAGGAUGCUGAACUGGUACAUUUCAGGCAACUGGCAUCAGAUCUAGAACUAGAAAAAUCUAGAGUCUGCCAUAUUUUGCUGCAGCAUGAGGAAUGUUUAGAAAAGCUUUGUGAAGAAUCUUCUCAUCUUACUGAUCUGGAAAGUCAGUUAUCAGAAAUGCGUGGAUAUAUAAUUGCUGCAGAUGUUAACGUCAUCUUCACUAGGAUUCAGUAUGAGACCCGAAUUGAGGAGCUUUCCCUGAAACUUCAAUCCUCAGAGGGGCAUAUUGGGGAUCUUAGCAAGAAGCUUUUUGAUGUAGAGGAAAUGCUGAAUCGGUCUCUUGCUGGUGAAGCACAUUGCAUUGAAGAAAAUGUGAACUUGGCGACAACUGUCGAGUCCCUGAGAUCGGAGUUGAAAGCCUCUGUUGCUCAACAUGAAGCCCUUUCAGAUUUAAACGGCAUUAUGAUGGUUCAACUGGAGGAAUACAAGAAGAGGGUGGCAUCAUCGGAGGUUGAUUUUUCCAGGGAUAAAAAUGAGCAUAGUCUGGAGGUAAAACAGCUGAAGCAAAUACUGGUACUUUCUGAAGAAGAGAUUGAUAACUUGUUGUCCUCCAAGGAAGAAUUGGAUACAACAGUGACAGUUCUCAAAGCCAAAUUGGAUGAACUGCGUACUUAUACUACCUCACUUCAAGAUUAUAAUGAUGAACUGAUGACACUGCAGAACCAGUGUAAUGAACUUAAGCACAGGAUGUCCAAACAGAUUCUGAAGACAGAAGAGUUCAAGAACCUGUCCAUCCAUUUUAAGGAUCUUAAAGACAAGGCUGAAGCUGAAUGUCUCCAGGCUCGUGCAAAAAGAGAACCUGAAGGACCAUCCGUUGCUAUGCAAGACUCACUGAGAAUUGCCUUUCUUAAGGAACAGUAUGAAACCAAGAUCCAAGAGUUGAGGCACCAGCUUUCUAUUUCCAAAAAGCAUGGAGAGGAGAUGCUUUGGAAAUUACAAGAUGCUGUUGAUGAACUUGAGAAUAGGAAGAAAUCUGAAGCUUCUCACUUGAAGAGAAAUGAAGACUUGUCAGUGAAGAUCUUGGAACUGGAGGCUGAAUUGCAGUCCGUAGUUACUGAAAAACGUGAAAAAUUCAAGGCGUAUGACCGUAUAAAUGCUGAAUUGGAAUGUGCACUAUUAAGCCUUGAAUGCUGCAAGGAAGAAAAACAGAGGCUUGAAGCUUCUUUGCAAGAGUGCAGUGAGGAGAAUAAUAGAAUUGCUACUGAACUUAUCCUGACCAAGGGACAGCUAGAGAGUUUUGCAUCUAACAUGAAUGUUCAAAAGGAAGAAUGUAAUGGAUUCGAUGAACUGGGUAACGCAUCUGGUGAUACAGGUUUAGGAAAGGCUUACAAGGAAAAACCAGUUUCAGGUACUUCAAGCUCUGAAAGUAUAACUAUGGACACUGCUGGGAUUGACUCAAGCUCAACUGGAAGGCCUUUCGUCAAGUGCUCAGAGCACCAUAAUUUAAUGAACCGCGAAGAAGCAGAAGAUGCAAGCUCGAUUCCAAUAGUUGAAGGUGAACAUUCAGCAAUACCCACAAAUGUGCAACCUUUCCAGGGGCAGGAUGUUCUUAUACGCGAAAGCGUGCAUGGAAUUUCAAAGCAUGCCUUUCUAGAGCAAGGGGCCUUCUUGCACAAUGAUUCGAAGCAUUUAGCUGUUAGCCAUGAUCAUUUUAAAGCCCAGAGUUUGAAGUCUAGCAUGGAUCAACUACACAAAGAGUUGGAGAGAAUGAAAAAUGAUAACUCUCUUCUUCCUCCACUGGAUGAUCAUCAUUUUGACCCAAAUUUUCAAGGUUUACAAACAGAACUUAUGCAGUUACACAAGGUAAAUGAAGAGUUGAGAAACAUAUUCCCUGUGUUUAAUGAAUCGGGCAGUGGGAAUGCAUUAGAAAGGGUACUUGCUUUGGAAAUUGAGCUUGCUGAAGCACUGCGGGCAAAGAAGAAAUCAAGCAUCAUUUUCCAGAGUUCAUUCAUAAAACAACACAGUGAUGAGCAAGCAAUAUUCCAAAGCUUUAGAGAUAUCAAUGAGCUGAUCAAAGAGAUGUUGGAACUCAAGGGAAGGUAUGUGGCUGUGGAGAGUGAGCUGAAAGACAUGCACGGCCGUUACUCUCAACUGAGUCUCCAGUUUGCCGAGGUUGAAGGAGAGAGACAGAAACUUAUGAUGACACUCAAGAAUGUCCGUACAUCCAGGAAGUUUACACAGUUGAAUCGCUUUUCAUCAGAUACUCUUGGGGACCAUCCCUCGUAGACUGAGAGCAUGUUAUCUCCUGAUUCCUUGAUCAAAAAGUCCAAGAAGUCACAGUUCACCCACAUCAGAUGUUAUGCAUUGACAGCAGGUUCCAAUGGGCUACUGACAUCUGGCAAUUUCAAGGAUGACUUAAAACUAGCUUGAGCCAUGUCAGAAGCUAAGACAGUUUCCUUGUAAAUAAUAAAUGUCCAACAGCUUAAAAAUACAAGGUGUAGUGUAGAUGUCUGUAAUAUUUGGACAAACCUUCUCUCCCAUCUCUAUUUAUUUUUGUAUUUUUCUUCUUCUUUGUCUCUGUACAGAAAAUUAUAUUCUUUAUUGAAGCAUUAGAAAUGUCUUUCCUCCUUUCUUCAA